GAUGAGUGAUCGGAACAGCACCGCCGCGUCUUUCACUUUUUGGGUCAGAGAGCGCCUCCAAUAAAUUGUUUGAUUGGAUAAAUACCAAUUAAUCACAAAUUUUAUCCACUUGCCUCGUUUUCUGCAUUAUCUCCUUUUUUUUCCUUUUAAGAUACUCUAUUAUUUUUCUCUACGAAGAAAAAAAAAAGGAAAGAGAAACUUUAGCCAACAUGAUGAGAAGUCAACAGGAUCAACAAUCUAAGCUUCUUUAUGAGCUUUCUACUUUGAUUUUCAACAUUCUCCGAUCUCCAACUACGCCGUUCGAGUUUUCCGAUCAGUCGCCGGUUAUCCAACGCAGUACACAGUUGCCGCCAGUGAGGCCGAUGCAGCAGAUUACUCCCGCGGGUUUUGCUUCCCUGCUUCUCGGAAUUUCUAUGGCUUUGAUGCUAUGUGGAUCUGUAACGUUCUUUAUUGGGUUUUUCAUGAUGCCGUGGAUUCUUGUGUUCGUGAUGGUUUUGUAUUUAGCUGGAAUUGUUUCUGUUUUGUCAAUGAUUGGACGAGCUAUUUUCUGCCCUAUGCCUUCAUCUCAAUCGCAUAGUCAACCGUGUAAAAUAUUGUGAAGCAAUUUAAACAUUUGUACUGGGACAGAACAACGGUGAGGAGCAUGGUCGAACUCUUUACUAGAUGCAGUUUCCUGCAAUGUUUAAAGAAUGUAUGGAGGAUGAAUACAUUGCAUGCUGGUGUUUGUUGCAGGAGGACAGCUUAGGCAUUUGAAAGUGAAUAUUUGAUUAGCUAUAACUUUACUGUAUAGAAAACUCAAAAUGGAUGUGCCAUGUUCUUUUAUCUUAGUGCAACUAUGUUGUAUUUCUUGUGCCAUUACGGAUGUAGAAACAACACCCAGCGCGCCCUGAGUGAUAUUGCAAGUACAAUCAAAGCUUAAUUAGUAUUUCCCUGAUAUAUGAUCAUGCCAAUUGGAACAAUAUUUGAACUUGAAAACUCACUAUCUGCUAUUGCAUAACGUA